AUGUCUCGCCAAUUUUCGCAGGCCCAACGGCCGUUGUCCCUCACCGAGGAGCUUGAGAAAUUGGAACAGUCCAUCACCCUUACAAUGCAAGAGAUCGACCACAAUUUCAGUGAAGCUCAUCGGAUAGUCACUACGAGUAUACUGCCUCUGGUACAGCAAUAUACCGAGCAUUCACGAGAUGUCUGGGAAGGUUCCAAGUUUUGGAAGCAAUUCUUCGAAGCUAGUGCCAACGUAUCCCUAUCCGGCUACGAAGAAAGAAACACCGAUGAAGAAACGACGCAGGACCCUACAGCCACGGAGGAAGAGUUGUCCGCCGACAUAACUCAAAGUACUACCCUCGACGAGACAAUGUCCAACGAGACACCAUCUUCGCAGCGUCAUGAAACACCCCGCCGCGAUCAGGCAGACGAUCUUGAUCUAACAGAACUCGGCAUUUCUUCGCACAGCACUCCGCGUGCUCCGGGCGGCCACCACCAGGCCGACGACGACAUAACAACCUCCUCAAUGGAGUACUCGUCCUCUUACGAGAACCUAAGAAGACAAGUCAAUGAAUCCGAACCCCCAUUCGACCUCCCAGAGUCCUCGACCCUCCCAUCCACUCCAGGCCGCCAGCUCUUCUUCCCACGCGGCGUCUCCGUCACAACCCCGAUGUCAUCACCAUUCCUUCCACCCGCGGAGCCAUCCACCCAAGACCGUCGAUACCAGAAGACCUCAGACCCGGUACUGCACCAAAUGCUCGACAAGACAUACCGGGUGCAAGCCACGCCGCUCGGAAAGGGAUUUCGCAAUGUGGGUGGCGGCACGAACACCCGACCAAAGUUCAACAUCACCCCAAAGCCGGCCGAGUCUACCUCCAAGUACAGAUAUGACGACUCGCCGAUUUCCAGUCCAGAGCCAGAGGCACCACAGCUCCACUCGGAAGUCUUCUCAUCCCCCAUCAAGGGCAUCGAUACCCCGGGCACGAACCGCAAGCGACGGACUAGCAGUAAUCGCAUGCGCGGUAUUCCCAGGCCUGGCAUGAGUGUUUUGACACCUGCUAAGAAGUCUGCUGGUAAGUCAGCUAUGUGGGAUAGUGACGACGAUCUGGAUUACGACGAUGAGGACCUUGGGCCGAGUCCUCCUAAGACAAUGCAGUUUCACAUUCCGCAGAGCCGGUUGAUGCGAACGCCUGCAAGAGAGGCUUCUAAGCGCAUUGUGACCGAUUUGCUGGCUACGGCUGGAGCUGGGGAGAUUACAGAUGACUUUAGCGACGAUCAAAGUCCAAGUGUGAUCCGCCGCAUGGAGCACUUGGAGGAUGAAACUUUCUAA